AUGAAGCCUCAGAAGAAGAAUACGCGGAGCAUACGGGAUUUCUUUGCUCCCGCGUCACAGGGACUGCAGGGUGGCUCAAGACCUGCCACCCCGCAGCAGAGAGGAGCACAUGCAUCCCUAUCAACAGAGUCGAGUGCUUCCAGUGACCCACAAGGCCAACCUUCUGCUACUACGACCGCUGCCUCUCACCCAACCAGUUCGAUUCCGUCAGCCAUACCUAGCACUGCGACCCAAGCCACAAGUCCUGAAGCUCAACUUCCAGUUCUGUCACAAACUUCUGCAAACUCCGGCGCCAGCAAACGCGUAGUCUCCAAUGGGCAACAAGUGGUGCUGAACUCGGAUUCCGAUACCGACUCGCUGCCUGAUCUUGAUUUCGGCGACGUACCCGCUCCCAAAUCCAAAUCCACAACUCAAACUACGCGAUCUAGAUUCGCCUUAGACAACAGUGAAGAUGUGCUGCGCAAACCACCAAAGAAGCUCACGAGAACCAAGCAACCAUUUAGUCUACUUGUAGAAACAGCACGGGAGAACAGAGAUCUUGAGCAGGAAAUUAUAGAGGGCAAAGCUGAGCUGGACAGACUUGUGGAGGUACCUGUGAAAUCUGAUGUUGCCAUCGAUGAGCAGGCGCUGGGCCAGGUUGUCUCAGAUGAUGAAGAUUCUGACAAGGCUCACCGACUCUAUCUUGCAAUGCAAAGAACGAACGCAACGCAAAUGGACGCCGCUUUCCACUUUUUCCACGAUGCAUCAGACUCACACCACCUGCCUCUUUCAUUUCCCAGGCAAAGCUUACCAAAUCAUCGAUGGGCUUCAGUAUUUGAAGAUCCGUCUACCAGAGACCAAGCAUUCUUGACUGGUUUUGCUCACCAGAUAUUCCGCAUCCGCGAGCUACCGCAAGAGUUGGCCUCUUGGACGAUAGAUCAAAUAUGUGUUGGUAGAAAUGAGUCUCUCGACUACAAAUACCUCGAACUUUUAGAGUUUCAUCAUCAAUACCUGCCAGAUCUACUAAACAGAGAUAGGCUCGAUGACAUGUUCAGAACGAUCGGCGCGGAUGUAAAAAGUCUCAGCUCGAAAGAUGGUCUUAAGCUAUCGGUUGUGUCUCACACAGCGAGUAAACUUCCCAUCCCAGACUCGCUAAGAUCGAUUGUCCGUUUGCUUGAAAGAGCAGCGCCUUGGCUCCACACAAAAACGAAAUGUCAUGCGCUUUACAUACUCUCUCACGUGUGCAUGGAUGACAGCGUCUCAGCGGACGCCGACGUCCUCCAACACGUCCAAGACGCCAUAGAAGCAAUCAUGUGUCAAUUCACUGACGAGCGCAAGCUGACCACCGGCGUAGGACGCCCUCCAACACAGGAUAAAGAACACUCUCUAAUCGCCUCACAGCUCAGCGACCUCGCCCAGAAACUCCUCCCGCGCGUCACCCACCCCAUCCUGCAAAGAAACCUAAUCCGCGCCUUCCCCGUCAAGUCUCCCCUGACAGCGUACUUCCAGCGCCAUCUCGCGCUCUCGUUUCUCCUGUAUCCAACCCUAGUCGACGUUCCCCUUGCCGACCCCAAGAUCCUCACCCUUAUACACACGCACCUGAAUACGUCAAAACACUACCAGAUCAGAAAAAACACAGACUAUGAUCUCCUUGCCGCACGCCUCACACUGCUUGACAUCGCAAUCGGACCUGGCCCGCUAUCCGUCCCUUACCAGCCGCUCCUCAGCCCCGCGCCCUCGCAAGCUGGCUCCUCACCAGUCAUGGCCCCCUUCCCCGAGUCCGCGCAAGUCAAGCACUUCAACCAGGCCGUCGACAACCUCGCACAGCACGUCAAGAUGCUGAGUAACUCUAUCAUGGAGGCUGGGGCAGCGGUUGAUCUCGCGAUCUUGGACGCGAAGGACUGUAGUGAGCGGCUUUGUGCGCGUCUUGAACAUGCGGUUAGGAUCGGCGGGAGGAAGGUUGAUAACGUUUUUGGCGGCGACGACGACGAGGGGCAGCUGAAACUUAGCAGGUUCUUUGUUAAGAAGGGUGGGGUUGAUGCAUCGGCGGUGGGUGGUGGGGUGAAGGGGAUUUUCGAUGAGGAGGAGGAUGGUGGGCUUGAGAAGGUGGGGCUUUUGCCGUCUUGA